AUGAAUCAUGUCGUCCUCUCGAAGCUGGCCUGGACGGACAAAAGUCCUGCUGUCAAAUUGCGCCUCCUCCAUACAUGGAUGGCUGGGAACCCUUCCCGGCCCGACGGGUUCUCUGAAUACGCUACACUUUGGACGGACGAAUUGGGGGUGCUGGUACAAGGGCUUGCCUCCAAGCAUCUGUCGGAGCAAUUGAAGGAGGUUCUUUCUGUUGGCAAGAUUUACUUUGUCACACAGUUCUCCCAACGUGAGGCAAAAAAACGCUGGGCACCCUGCUCGAAUGAUCGCCUUCUCCAUUUUACUUCAUCCACCACUUUUGUCCUCGCUGAUGAGGAUGCUUCGAGUUUCUGUGCUGAUAGCUUUGAGUUUCGCCGCUUCGAGGACCUACACGGCAUUGCUUCUCGAGCUGAACACUUAGUUGAUGCUGUUGGUCGGCUGGUGUCUGCAACACCUGUCACCUAUUUCCAGAAACAACAUCGGUCCAUCAAGAAACAGGCUGUUGUCAUUGAGAAUGAGCGCGGAGCCUCACUGCCAGUUACGUUGUGGGCGGAGUUUGCUGAUAAACUGCCCCUGGCUGAACUUAUUCAACUGGACGGGGCUGCACCAAUUGUCGUCGCGUUUACUAGCCUCAAUCUGUCCCUGUGGCGUGGGAAUGUUGGCGCGUCCAACACUUCUGCAACUCGCAUAGUCAUUCGCCCAACGGUCCUAGAGGCUCAAUCUCUCGCUUUACACUUCGGUUAUGUUAUUGGGGCUAUUGGCAUUGUUCCGGUUGAGAAUGACACUCCUGAGAAAGCAGCAACAGUUUACCAUGAAUCUUUCAAGACAAUCACAGAACUCCAAACUAUUCAGUCCACUUCUACCAUGGGAGGAAGAUUCCGUUGCAAGGCCACGAUCACUGAUAUAGACAUGUCACGUGAUUGGUGCUAUCUCGGGUGCGCUGUGUGUUCUAAGGCUGCCAUCCGACGUGAUGCCCCUUUUUGGUGCGAGAAGUGCGAUGUCACCGUCCACCCGCACCAACUCAAACAAUGUUUUCGCAUACGGUUCAUGGUCCACGACGGUACUGCGUUCACGCCUUUCCUGGUACUUGGACAAACUGCAGACAGCCUUUUGGGAGUCUCUGCGGCCUCACUGUUUGCUGCUGCCCCAGAUCGUGGCGCCGGUUAUCCUCCAGAAAUAGAGGAAUUAGUUGGCAAGGAAUACAUCUUCCUACUGUACCUUCCUGUGGGCCAGGUUUCAGACUCUAUGGAUGACAUGGUUGUCUCCAGUAUUGAGAAAGAUGAGCAGCCCGCCUUCAUAGACAGACAGCCGCAUGGGCCACAGUUUCAGAAAAGGCAUUCAGCCACCAUUGCCACGGUGCCACAGCUAAUGCCUCCGAGAUCCACAAACUACAUCCAGCACGCACCUUCAAACAGCUCUGACAUAACGGUUUUUGCAUCGCCGACCAAGCGUCUUCGGGACGUUUCCCCAAGUACUUCCAUGGUCGACAAUCCUGUUUCUCAGGAACACACAGAGUUCAGGGCCCCGCGACCAGUUCAGACCUUAGAUAUGAGUACAUUCGCCAGCCCUACAAUCGCCGCUGCCUUGACCUCUGUUCUAUCAACUAAUAAUGUGUCGUCGACACCUAUUAAGCCUUCUGAGCAUUCUGCCCCUUCCAGCUUGCUUGCCGGCCUCCAGACACCCAACUCCAAAGGGUUGAGCUCUCCGCUGGCAGGGAUAAACAUUGCCACCCCAUCUUCCAGUGAGAAGAAGAAGGAUAAAUUAAGUGACACUGCCCAUGUGGAGCCGCAUCAGUUGCUGUCACGGCCUGCCGAUAUUGCCAUUACAGUUGCUGCUGGCCUGGGAAAUACCGCCAUCCAUGAGAAACCAUUGCCAUCUGCAGCGCUGCUCAAAGACAUCCCCCCUUCCAUGAUGCCCAUCAACCCCCUAAGCCAUCCACUCGCAAAGGUGAAAGUUGAGAAACUUCAAUACUCGCGGAAAGACGCGAAGAACUCCAAGGAUUCUGAUACUUUGCCCAUUUCCCAUCUGAAGACAAAGGUUUCGAAGGGAAAAGGUGUCGCCAAGAAACUGUUCCAGGGAUGA